AUGUCGGACAGAUCGAAAAAAUUCUUUACUGCUGAAACUAAUCAUCAUUACGCUGUGAAUACGUUGUGGCCGAAAUGGAAAGAUUUCGAUCUAAACAACGAAAAAUGGGAAACUUCUACAGAUGAGUUAUUUCUGGAUGCGGAAUCUGUCAGGAUGCCUAGGUCUUUGGAGCCUUCUAAGUGGUUACGAGCGAAGGAUUUAGAGUAUAUGACCCUCACAGAAAAAUUGUUAAGCCUUAUUGGCCUCGAGCUGCAUCGAAAAUCUGUUAAAUCUAUUUUCCUUCACCGGAAGUACAUCGUAAGAUUACAUCACAUAGGAUGUUGGCGCCGCAUUGUGGUAGACGACACUAUCCCCGUCGAUCAAAACGGCACACCACUUUUGCCACGCACUUCCAACGCCACAGAGCUAUGGCCGAUGCUUCUUGCCAAAGCAUUGCUCAAAAUUAGCUCAUUGACUUGGACCGAACAUCGCGAAAUCAUUGAUUUUCAUUUAAUUUCUUGUUUAACAGGUUGGACCUGCUUGACACUAAACAUCGCCCAUUUAUCGUGGCAAGAUAAAUGGGACUUCCUGACCAAGUAUUCUGAUCAUUUUAUGUGGUCACCACGAACUGUUGAGAAUCACGUUCCAGUAAAAAGCUCCGAAAGUGUUACAAACAAUACGAAAUCAAACGAAACUCUGCGGUUACUCGCCCAAGUCGGGAAAUCUCAACCGAUCACGCUGUUUCUGCAGUUGCAUGACAUGCGAGAACUCGGAAAUGAUGUGGUACCCGGUCUAUCGCCUUGUUGGGAUCACGUAAUCCAUGUUGUCCAAUCACGCGAUAUUCCUCUAAAUCCCAAAGACGUAAAACCACCGUUGGAAAAGUGGAAACUGCAUCGCUGGUUAAAAUGGGCCAUUUCACAGGGUAUAAUUGAUCCUGCUGAUUACUUUGUCCCAAUUCGUUACUUGAGAGUGAUUAGUCCUCUGCAAAAGUACAACGAAAGACCUACUUACGUUUACGACAAUGUCAAAAACAAUUCAAUUCUUCCGGAUAAGAUCAAACAGUUUAAUAAUGUUAAGUGGAAAACUAAGUCUCAGAAAGAAGGAAAUUCGUGUACCACGACGAAAAAUGAGGAAACUGGUGACAUUAGUCGAUGGAUCGACUUCAAUAAAAUGGCACCGUACGUAACGAAAGUGCAUCUGUUUUAUAAACUGGAGUACUUUCAAUGCUCAGCUCAAAUAACAAAUGAAAUGAUCAAAUUGAACAACAAAGAUCGCAAAGCAACAGGCACGAAUGAGAGCAAAGAAGAGAAAAAAGACAACACCGACAGGUCCUACAAGGUUCAGAAAUCCAGAUACAAACCUUUGUAUUUAUUCUGCGAUUCUCUGGAGAAGAAAUUCUUCCUCAUUAGUCUUUGCGGUGCACCGAACAAGAAGAAUACAAAUUCACGCAAGAGGGAUUAUCUCACUCUGGAAAAGCACAAUUGGUUCUUCGAGGCGAAUCAAUCGAAUCAGUUAGUGACUAUCUACACUACCGGUAUCAAGUCAACCGUCGUAGAAAUGGAAGCUGGCAGACAACUUUUGCGAAUUGACGGCAGUCCGAAGUUCAGCUUAGUGAUUAUCUCUUCUGACACAGCUUUUCAUCUUGGAAAUAAGGCAACUGUGCAGCAAUUGAUGACCACAGAAUCGCAUAGAAUAAAACAAAUGUCGGAGAUAAUCAGCGACAGUCUUCGUAAAGCCUAUCAAUCAUUUGGGAAUGAAGACUACUCGAUACUGUUAAAAAACUAUUACCAAAGCUAUAUGCCCAAUUUACAAAAUGUUACUUCAGAAGAUGACAUAAAGUUUCUUCGAAUACUAAUACAUAAUUCCUUCAUGGAAGAACAAGUUCGAUUGAUCAUGGAAAUCUUCCCUAGUAAAGAACAUAAAAGCAUUCUUAAUUCAAUGAGAGUGUUCUUCCUGAAUCCAAAUAUUAGACUAGAAUAUUUCGACUUGGUACGAACUCAGAGUGACUUUCAGGAUCUUAUAACAGAACAAAUGUCAAAAAUACCAUAUUUUCAUAAACCAGACAGAGAAAUAUUGGACCAAGCAGCCUCGAAAAUUCAAUCCUUCUUCAAAAUGGCUCUUAUAAAACAAUAUAAGUACCUUCAUAAUUCCGAUCACGCUCAACACACGCAAAUUCGCGAGAAACUUUUGGAAAUAUCCAAUCUACUUGACUCAUCCGUAAUAAGUCAAUUGCUAAGGAAUGUCAUCAAACGUCACGACAAACUGCGUGACUUAUAUCCUUGUUCUAAGGACUUUGUACAUGUUCUACAUUUUCAAGAAUUUAAGGGUAUUUUAGAGAACAUCAAAUACGACAAAUGGUUUCCAAUUGCUAGAAUGAUCGUGAACCCUAGAUCUUCCGAAACAGUGUUCGCGGCUUUCGAAUUACUAGUUGAUCUUCCUCACUUCACACUUCGUGUCUUCAACAACCAAAGUUAUCGUGAAAUGACGCGUAUUAUAAACUGUGUGACUCCAGGUCGUUAUGGAUAUCAUCCAACCGGUUAUACGGUGUUUGCUUAUGGAUGGAGUGGCAAACAGCUCUUCAAAGAGAUCGAUUGGACAAUUCAUAUCAUCACCAUAAAAGGAGAUCCGAUAUUCUAUCAACUGAGCGAACAAUGGAUUCCGUCCUUAAAAACUAAACCACCUAAUCUGGUAGUUGAAGAACUGACCGCUAUAUACGUGCCGAAUGCUAGAAAUUGUAUUUCGCGGUGGAUCUUACAAGCAAUGUCGGGAAGCAUUAUCUCGAUGAGAUUGACAACUUCUUAUGACAUGGUAAAAGUUAGAGUGAAACUUACUGAUGAAGAGGAAAAUGUUUUGAUCAACAUGGAUGGUGGUUCUACGAUCUUGUUGCCUUUAGUGAUUUUAAAUCAACCCACUGCGAUUCAAAAUUAUUAUGAAGUCAAAGAUGAAAAUGCAAGCAUUAAUGAAGAGUUUGCAAUAAAAGAGAAGAAAUUUUAUUAUUUGGAAGCAUUUGUGCUUAACAACAGCUGGCCUCUUACGGAUAUCGAGUGGACUAUCGUGAGUCAGAUAAAGGACAAAGAAAAGUUUGAAACAAAGACACAAUCUGAAAAUAAAAUAUCAGCAUCCAAUUUGGUGACGCCAAGGAAAAACACAAAACAAUCCGUAAAUAAUCAAGUUUUAGAGUCGCCAUAUUGGACUCUUCAAGUUGUUACAAAUGCUAAAAAUGCAGUAGAAAUUUGUCAAGACAAGAGGAGAGAGCAAGAAAUAGCACAACUGAAGGAGUCCUGGUGGUCGAAGGAUCCAAAUCAACCAGAACGUGGAAGAAAGUUACGAGAAUCCUUCCUAAAUAUGCACGCCUUGAAAAUUGAAGCCAUAGUAUUUGAGCCAGAACAAAAUGAGAAAGUAUCUGAUACAAUAGAAACAGAAGAUAUGGAAUUUUGUCGGUCGUACGAGAAGCAACGCAGAACCCUGAAGCCACCAGAAUCUUACCAUCUACCUCCUUUGGAUCUGACAAAAUACAUGACGAAAAACGAGAUCGUGACAAAUUAUUACGUGAGAAGGAAAAGCGACUAUCAGAUACUGAGAGAUCAGCAUAACGUCAACAUCAUCGAUAGUCAAAAGAAUUACUCCUAUUAUUUGGAGCAUUUAGCAAAAUUGAUGAAAGAACAACUUCGGAAAUACGCAAAGAUGUUUGACAAGAAAGAAAAAAAUUUUUGGAAGAGGAGAGCUCUGGUGGAUGAUGCUUACGAAUCGAGGAAAGUCUAUAUUGAUACUUCGACAUCUCCAAAAACGAGAAUCAAGGAGAAGAACAAAACGAUAAAUUAAAACCUUCUUAGAGUGGUAGAUAAAUAUAUUAAUUUGUGUGUUUCUGCUUAUUAAUUAAUACGUCUAAAAA